AUGUUGGUAUUAUUUGAAACACCAGCAGGAUACUCUCUGUUCAAGGUAUCCGAUGAAAAGAAACUUGCCAAGACUGAGGCCGAUGAUAUCUUUGAUACUUUCUUUAAGGAUAGCAAGAAGGCCAACAAGUACAUGUCGCUUUUGAGCUUUCAACCUUUUGAAGAUACCGCAGAGGCUGUCACCGCAGCCACCAGUGUAUUAGAAGGCAAGGUCUCAAAGACUCUGAAGAGUUUUUUGAAGAAGCAGAUGAAGAAAUCCGCUUCUUCCUCAUUGGCAGUUGCAGAUAAGAAUCUUGGUGGUGCUAUUAAAGAAGCUCUUUCUGUUAAAGUCGUCCACGAUAACAAAACAAAUGAGUUGUUCCGCGGACUGCGAUGUUAUAUGGAAGAGCUGUUUGAUACCGAAGGGGGGAUGUCAGCACAGGAUCUCCGUGCGAUGCAGCUUGGUUUGAGUCACUCUUUGAGUCGUUACAAGCUCAAGUUCUCCGCCGACAAGGUCGAUACAAUGGUGAUUCAAGCAGUCGGCCUGUUGGAUGAACUGGACAAGGAAAUCAACACCUAUGCAAUGAGAGUUAAGGAAUGGUAUGGCUGGCACUUUCCAGAGCUUCAGGCGCUGUUGAGUGAUAACGCGCAGUAUUCGAAGCUUGUAUUGAAGUGUGGUAUGCGACCAGAUUUCGCAAAAACAGAUCUAAGUGAUAUCUUGGAUGAUGAGACAACCGAGGCAGCUGUCAAGGAAGCUGCAGAGAUCAGUAUGGGGACAGAAAUUGCUGACUUGGAUAUUAUUAACAUUCAAGCUCUUGCAGAGCAAGUCUUAUCAAUGACGGAGUAUCGAGCACAGCUUUUUGAGUACUUGAAGAAUAGAAUGAAUGCCAUCGCACCUAACUUGACUAUCCUUGUUGGGGAGUUGGUUGGAGCCCGGCUUAUUUCCCAUGCUGGUUCGUUGAUGAACUUGGCAAAGCAGCCAGCUUCAACAGUUCAAAUAUUGGGAGCAGAGAAGGCGCUGUUCAGAGCACUGAAAACCAAGCAUGAUACUCCCAAAUAUGGUCUGAUAUAUCAUGCAUCAUUAAUCGGACAAGCUGCCCCAAAGCACAAGGGAAAGAUCAGUCGUGUGUUGGCUGCCAAGGCUUCACUGGCUAUCCGUGUUGAUGCUCUCAGCGAUGAGACAACAGAAGAAGUCGAUACAACCAUAGGUUAUGAAGGACGUGCAAAGGUUGAAGCUAGGCUGCGACAAUUGGAGGGCGGUAGUAUGGGGGCAUCCAGCAAUCUAGGGGGAGCCAAGACAGCAAAAUACGACCCAGUUGCCGCAAAUACUGGUUCCUCUUCGACGAAGUACAACGAUGCCAGUGAUAUGGUGAUGGAUGAUGCAGAUCCAGAGACACCAAAAGAGAAAAAGAAGAAGGAUAAAAAGACUCCAAAGGACAAGAAGAAGAGGAAAGCUGAGGAUCAGGCAGACGAAGGUUCGGAAACCAAGACUCCAAAAUCCAAGAAAAAAAAACGGAAAACAGAUGAUGAUGAUGAAGAGAAGAAAUCUGCUAAAAAGGCAAAGAAAAAGCGGAAGUCGGUUUAG